UUGUGAAAGAAGUCCUGCAGCCGGGACUGGCGGUGAAAACUGCCGGUGGAAAGUCGCCCACUUUACUGGCGCAGAUUGAGGCCUACAAAUCGUCUAAAAGUGAUCAGCCAAAAAAGGAGGAGGUCGAAAGUGCCGCUAAACCAAGUGCAGCUGAUCUUCUUCCGGUGAAGGCAGGCAAAAGCCCAAAGCCUAAAAAAGAGAAAAAGAAGAAGGAAAAAUUAGCCCUUUCUGCACAGUCUACCUCCUACAAACUGCCCAAAGUCAGCUCAAAGGUGAGCGAAACUAAGCUCACCAUAGAUAUCAAGGUGGAAACGUCGGCAAAGCCGGAAAAGAAGUCAAAGGCGAAAGAUGGCAAAAGUAAUCUGAAAUCUACCUCACCGGCGCCAAGUGAAUUAAAAGAAAAUACUUCUCAAAGCAGUUCAAAGGAAAAGAAAGAAAAGAAGAAGAGUGCUGCAAAAGCGAGCACUGACGCCCAAUCACCAAAACCUGACGCUAAAGUGGAAGUCGGUGAUAAGCCGCUGACCAAAGACAGCAGCUCAAGCAAAUCAAAAGCUGAAAAGCCACCGGCAGACUUAGCACCAGCUUCCACUACUAACAAGGCAGAACCUCCGGGCAAGCCUAAGAAAUCAAAGGAUAAGAAAGGAAAAAGCAAGGCGAAAUUGUCUUUACUGGCACAGACUGAGGCGGAGGGCAAGCCAAAGUCCAAGAGCAGCUCAAAGCUGAAGGAAAAGAAGAAGAAGAGUGCUGCUGCUGCUACUAAACCCAAAUUAGAAGGUGACAAGACUGCUCCUGCCACUGCAACUCCUCUGAUGUCCACCGGAACAACAGAUGGAGGCAAGCUGACCAAGGACAGCAGCAGCAGCAGAAGCAGCUCAAGCAAGUCAUCAAAAGCGGAGAAACCAAGUCUAUCGGCAGCUUCCACUAGCAAGCUGGCUGAAAAAGCUCCCAAAUCAAAGGCACCAAAGAAGUCAAAGAGCAAAGUGAAAGGGGAGGCGGAAACGGCGACUGAAAAGCCGCUGGAAAAGAAGAAGACAAAGAAGGAGAGGAAAAGGAGCCCCAAACCAAAGAGUGAGCCACCACCAUCUGCCACCAACAACUUAGAAGGCCAACAGCCAAAGAAGGAGAAAAAGAAAAGCAAGAAGCCCCAAAAGUAA